CCACUAGACCAGAAUGGAACACUUCCCAUUACGGAAUUCUUCGCAUUGAAUGGAGACUAAAAGAAAAGAGCUUGCGGCAUCCAGCGGGCAAUCCACUUUCAAAUCUCUCAUACUCUCGCCAGAAAAGGGGUUCGCAAGCCCUCAUUUGAGCGCCUGUCUCUAAACCAACUCACAUUGAGCUCGCAAACUGAGCCAUAACAUCUCAAUCUCUCUCUUUCGAUCUCCGCGAAAUCCCGCACCUCUUUCUAUAGUAAUCCUUUCUCAACACCAACUACCGAGAAUAAUAAAACCUGCAACCGAAUUGAAAAUGUCUUCUCCCGACGUUUCCGUCGCCACAGAGGCCUUGAAGGACUUCUUCGGCCAAAUAUAUACCUUCUUCGAAACGAUCAUCGUCCGCUUCUUCAGGAACCUCUAUAACUCUUUCGCGGACGUGGGCUUCAACCGUUGGACCAAGGUCACACUCUCGGUGAUCGGUUACGUUUUACUUCGUCCAUAUAUCGAAGCCUGGUUUAAGAAAAUGAGUGAACGCGAUCGCAAAAAGAUGCAGGAGAAGGAAAAGGCUAAGAGGGAGGCACAAGGAGGCAAGAAGGCUAAGGUUUCGGCCAAUACACUGCGAGGUGGUGCUACCGGAGGCGGAAAGGUGCUUGGAGAGGUCGAGAACACCGACGAUGAAAUUGAGGAGGGAGAGGACUUUGCAACUGCCAGCGGAGUGCCGGAGUGGUCAAAGAAUGCGAAGAAGAGGCAGAAGAAGUACAUGAAGAGCCUGAAGGAGGCAGAGGCGAACGCGAAUAAGUUGUCCCAGGACCAGAUUAUGGAGUUGUUGGACUGGAGUGAUUCGGAAAAUGAGAAGAAGGAUGCAUGAUUCAAAGGCGUGGAAAUUGGCUUCUUUCAGUUCAGUGUGGGUAUAUGAAUUACUAGUAGAUUUAUCCGACGUUAUACAAAUAUAUAAUUAAUCUUCCUUCUGAUAUGCUUUUUGGGCAUUGACAUUGACAUUGACAUCCAUUCGAGGACCUUACUACACUCUUCUGAGAGUUUGCCUUAUUUGGUGAAGUACAAUCG